AUUUCAGGAAUUCGACGUUUCUUAUUUCAUCUUGAACCUGAAAACUACGAAAUGAACCGUUGGUUACGUGGGUUAACAAUUGGAUGUUUCACCAGUUCUCGUAGCAGUAACAAAUCCAGCCGAUACACCGACUAUUCCACCAUCGAAGAUUGCUACGAAAAGUUUAAAUCCCCGGUGAAGACUAUCGACAGAGGAAGAUUUUCCCUUGCAGGUAAAUUUCGGUUCGGAAACAAAAAUACGCGCGGCUUGUUUCGAUUUUCCGGAACAAAAAUGGAUCGCGAAUGUACUGCCAAGCAGUUGCGGAAUGAGCGUCAAGAACUAGAAAGCUGUUGGUUCAAGGAAACUGAAUUGAUGAAGCGUCGAGGAAGAGAUUGCGCAAUCGAUCGACCGCGGAUUUGUGUUUGCACCUGUGAUCAGAAACGUCUGAGUGCUGACGGUUCGGGUCGAGGCAGUACUGGUUCUGAAGAUCGUCCCAACAGUGGCACCUCUUGGGUAUAUCAGUCUGACGAUGAAAACUACCGCCAAUUGAGCAGUCAGUCGAAUAGAAGAAUAGAGAAAAUGUUUGCACUGUAA